AUGGAAUUCUGCAAGGAUCCGGAAGGUUUGCAUGGUGAGGUGGAGUUUCGGCAACAGCAGUGUGUUGAUCAACGAUGCCAGUGUAUAAAUGGAAAUUGGUUCUGCAUUGACACCUGCACUCCACUUGAGGAGCUCGACUGUGCUCCGGAGGAACGCAUUUUCUGGGAUCCCUUCUGCUGUCCUCGGUGUAAAGGCAGUAAGAAAUGCAAUGUAACCGUAUCGACAAUCAAUUGGUUGGAGGAGGCGCCUGGUCCGAAAGACCUAUCCCGUUUCGUCAGUGUUUUCAAUUCAGAAGGCCAAUCAGAGGAUUCCAGUGGCAAGACGAGUAAAAGGAAUGAGAAAAGCAAUGAAGAACCCCUGGCGCCAAUAUCAAAUGCAACUGUGAACGCGAUGGAAAAGACGGCACUCAUCACUGUAGAUCCGGCGCAGCAUUUGGUCACCCACGCUGGUCGAUGUGUCUGCACAAAUGGCGAACUCAGAUGCUCAAGACCUGGUACAGAUGAGCUCAUUUUUAGAUCUCUACCAUAA